AUGAAUGCUUCGAGUAUUGCUGCAGAGCUCCAGCAGCUUGAACAAUAUGAGUUUUAUGAUACUAUUGUUCGUCAACUUGGAGUCUCCGCUGUCGUGCUCUAUACAUGGGACUUUGUUCUGACAUUCCAAGACGAGGUCAAUAUUCUAUGGGGAACGAGGUGGACAACAUCUAGGAUCUUAUUCUUCAUUAAUAGAUAUUUUGGGCUCGCUACAAUCAUUGCCUCUACCUUCUUUGAUGUCCAAACAAAUCCAGAUGUUACCAUGUAUGUCCCUCGUGUAGAUAUCUUCCUGCCAGCAUAUCUGUUCACCAAUAACCCUUAUUUCUUAGGUCAUGCAUUCACAAACUUCGAUAUCAUUGGCUGUCUCCUUGUUGCGAACAUCGAAAUCAUUCUUCUUCGACGGUUGUUUGCUCUCUAUGACUACAAAAGAGUGAUCGUGAUCCCCAUGGUGGCAUUAUUUAUCAUAUACAUAUGCAGCAUGAUGGGAAUAGCUAUUGCAAUGAGCAUAUAUGCUCAAGAAAAUGAGUAUGUGCUCAUGGGUGUAUGCGAAGAAGCAAUUCCGAGCUGGUUCAUUCCGUUCUGGACUCCAAUCAUGGCCUUCGACUUCGUGAUCAUGGCACUUGCUGGCUUCAAAUCUGUGCAGCACUACCGCCGUGUCCCCAACAAAAAUUGGUCUGGCGCUCGGUUCAUGAAGACUUUGGCGCGAGACUCUUUCAUUUACUUUGCAUGCAAUUUCUUCAACUACUUGGCCAUCACUUUUGUAUUCCAUCUUGCACCACCUGAGUUCCUCCAACUAGGAGCGAGCUGGACAAUCGUGAUACCUCCGAUAACCGCUAACCACCUCCUCAUAAAUAUGGAACAAUCUCGUUUCAGAACCAACGACACUACUACGCAAUCAAACACCAGCGUGGAAUCCGAGUCUUCGGAGGAAAUUGAGUUGGCACAUCGUCGUGUUCCGAGUACUCCAUUGAUCGCUAUCGCAUAAAAAGUGACAUACGGUUCUGCAUAGUAUGCAGGGUUUCGGGUUACCCUACGAAGAUGUUUCGAUUGUACAUCAAGGUCUUCCGUUAUGGCCUAAGUUAUUCUCAUGUAUUACCGGUUGAAUAAACUCAGAAUGGUUCGAAGGAACAUGGAUGAGACAUCUUUGCAGCAGUACCAUUAUGGUCAGACUGGCGACAUCACUUGGGAAGACAUUCAACAAGUGUGGUUACUCAAGACUCAUCCCCAUAUCCCAGAAACCCUUCUCCAGUCGCGUACACCUUUCCCAAACAUCUUGCCAAUCUUUGAACCUGAUAAGCGAAGGCGCAUCCGCCGCUGCGCGGCUUUCGAGCGUCUCUAUAAAGUUACAUGAAGUCAUGUGCAGCAAGAACUUUCGUUGCAUCCUCACCUAGUCCAGCUUUCACUGCCUUUUGAUACACGUCGCCUGAAUAAUCCUCCAUCCACUUAAGGUAUGGAUUCCCCU